GCCACAUAAAGCUUUCCAGUCUUGGGCUUCUCAACCCUCCGGUGAAAGGUACCGCUCACCACUGCGGUCACCACCUGUUAGGGCGGAACUGGCGGAGCGCACCUACGCCCCGGGCCCCUUUCCUCCCCGCUUACCCUUUCCUGCUGAGCACCCUGCUUUCCGCGCCCGGGCCGGGCUUGCAACGUUCCUCCCAGCCUGGCGCUCGCCGGGCUUGGCUGGCCCCCAAGAGACGCUGUCUUCCCCGCAGCGCCCCCGCCCGCGAGCUUCCCGCCGAGGGGCCAGGAGCCCUCACCCCUCGCCCCGGGCCAGGAGGGCAGCGAGUGGAGCGCACGCGCGCCCCCCGCCCCUCCCUGCAGGCGGCGCGACUCCCCCUGCAGUACCUCCCUCGCGGGGAGGGAGCCGGAGGGGCUCCCGGAGCCGCGCUGCAGACCUGCUCCUGUUGCGCGCCGCGCGGCUCUCCUGCGAGGGUGGCAGCAGCAGCCGCGGCGGUCGCAGCUUCUCCGGCGAUCGGAGGAGGCGAGCGCUCCUCUCCUCCGCUCCCAGCACCCCAGCCUGGUCCCCGCGCAGCCUCACCGCCCCCCGGACCUCGCCUCCGGACAUGGAUUUCCUCCUGGCGCUGGUGCUGGGGUCCUCGCUCUACCUGCCGGCGGCCGCUGAGUUCGACGGGAGGUGGCCCAGGCAAAUAGUGUCGUCAGUUGGCCUCUGUCGUUAUGGUGGGAGGAUUGACUGCUGCUGGGGCUGGGCUCGUCGGUCCUGGGGACAGUGUCAGCCUUUCUACGUCUUAAGGCAGAGAAUAGCCAGGAUAAGGUGCCAGCUCAAAGCUGUGUGCCAGCCACAGUGCAAACAUGGUGAAUGUAUCGGACCAAACAAGUGCAAGUGUCAUCCUGGAUAUGCCGGAAAAACCUGCAAUCAAGACGAGCACUUCUACCCAACUCCUCUUGACCAAGGCAGUGAACAGCCUCUUUUCCAACCCCCGGAUCAUCAAGCCACAAGUUUACCUUCAAGGGACCUAAACGAGUGUGGCCUGAAGCCGCGGCCUUGCAAGCACAGGUGCAUGAACACCUAUGGCAGCUACAAGUGCUACUGUCUCAAUGGAUACAUGCUUAUGCCGGACGGGUCCUGCUCAAGUGCCCGUACGUGCUCCAUGGCGAACUGUCAAUAUGGCUGUGAUGUCAUCAAAGGACAAAUCCGGUGCCAAUGCCCCUCUCCUGGCCUGCAGCUGGCUCCUGAUGGGAGGACCUGUGUGGACGUUGAUGAAUGUGCUACUGGAAGAGCUUCCUGCCCUAGAUUUAGGCAGUGUGUCAACACUUUUGGAAGUUACAUCUGCAAGUGUCAUAAAGGCUUCGACCUCAUGUACAUUGGAGGCAAAUACCAAUGUCACGAUAUAGAUGAAUGCUCCCUUGGUCAGUAUCAGUGCAGUAGCUUUGCUCGCUGUUUCAACGUACACGGGUCCUACAAGUGUAAAUGUCAAGACGGCUACCAGGGCGAUGGCCUGACCUGCAUAUAUAUUCCAAAAGUCAUGAUUGAACCUUCUGGUCCAAUUCAUGUACCACAGGGAAAUGGUACCAUUUUAAAAGGUGAUGGAGGACACAGUAAUUGGAUUCCUGAUGUCGGAAGUACUAGGUGGCCCCUGAAGACACCAUAUAUUCCUCCUGUCAUUACCAACAGGCCCACUUCUAAGCCAACAGCAAGACCUACACCAAAGCCAACAACAUGGGCUACCCCACGCCCACCCCCACCCCCACCCCCACCCACAGAACUCAGAACACCUCCACCAUCACCAACCCCAGAAAGACCAACCAUCAGACUGACGACUGUAGCACCAGCUGCUACCACAUCUCCAAGACGGAUUACAGUUGACAACAGGAUACAGACAGAUCCUCAGAAACCCAGAGGAGAUGUGUUCAUUCCGCGGCAGCCUUCAAAUGACUUAUUUGAAAUAUUUGAAAUUGAAAGAGGAGUCAGUGCAGAUGAUGAAGCAAAGGAUGAUCCAGGCGUCCUGAUACACAGUUGUAAUUUUGACCAUGGGCUUUGUGGAUGGAUCAGGGAGAAAGACAGUGACUUACACUGGGAACCAGUAAGGGAUCCAGCAGGUGGACAAUAUCUGACAGUCGCGGCAGCCAAGGGCCCAGGGGGAAAAGCUGCUCGCUUGGUGCUCCCUCUCGGCCACCUCAUGCAUUCAGGGGAUCUGUGCCUGUCGUUUAGGCACAAGGUGACUGGGCUGCACUCCAGCACGCUCCAGGUGUUUCUGAGAAAACACGGUGCCCACGGAGCAGCCCUGUGGGGAAGAAACGGUGGCCAUGGCUGGAGGCAAACCCAGAUCACCCUGCGAGGGGCUGACGUCAAGAGCGUUAUCUUCAAAGGUGAACAAAGGCGUGGUCACACUGGGGAGAUUGGAUUGGACGAUGUGAGCUUGAAAAAAGGCCCCUGCUCUGAAGAACGCGAGCAACUCCACAACUAGCAAUGAACUCACAUGUUGCUCCCUCUUCUUUUUCUAAUUUUCACCUCCUGUCUUCUCCCUUUCAGGCCUAGGAGAAGAGUGGGUCAGUGGGUCAGGAGAAAGUCUGGUUGUUGACCCACAUCUUGCUGGCCUGCUUGUGUGCAAUCCCAAUGAACAGUGACAUUCUCCUUGAAAUAGAAGGGGUAUCUGUAGACACAUGCAAGCCAUCCAUCCUAUGUCUCUUUUAGGAAGGCCAUCAGCGUGUAUGCCCUAUGCCAUCCUUCAUCCUGGUUAUAAGGUGUUCCUAGUAGCAAAUUACGGGAGGCGUUUUCAAAAGAAAUCUGUGCAAAUGGCCAUUCUGUUAUCUGUUCAGUGUUGUACCAUGAGUAGUAUUGACUUUCCCUAAGAUAUGUUGUACAAUGUGCUUGUGAAAUUGGUUUCUCCUCUUCACCGUUAGUUCUGGACUGAUCUGAACUCUUUCACUGCCAUUCACUUUAUAAAAGAAGGGUGUGUAACAUAUCAAGUUGCAUUUAUUCUUGUUAUCUCUAUUCUUCUUUUAAAGACAAUUAUGUAGAUUGGGCACGUAAUUCCUCGUUAGUAGUAUUGUGUUUUGUGUAAAUGUGCUAUUGAUAUUAAAUAGUUACGUGUUCCUAAUAUUUACAGACGCUAGUUGCAAGGGAAAAGGCAGCUUGUGAUCUCUUGACUUAAAAAAUACACAGUGAAAUGUUAUUCAGUUCCAAUACCUUAUAUUCGUAGCAAGAGAAAUUUAGAAAAGGUGUCAGGUUGUGGUAGGGGAGGAAUUCAUUUUUUAAUGACCUUGAGUUUGAUCCCUAUAAAGGAUAGUAAACCAUUCAGGUAGGUAAGAAACUGCAGUUAGCAUAUAAAACCCUCACUGUUUCUAGUUACACUUUAAAACCAACAGCUUUCUCCAUAAUAACAUGGUCUCCCUGGUAAUCGGUAAGAAGGUUUCCAAAAAGCCUGGUUGUUUCAAAGGAAAGAUUCUGUUUGUGAAAGCAGGGUGAGGAGAAGCUACAUUGGAAUAUAUUUUCAUACUGAUUUUUAAAUCAGUAUAAAUUUAGGCAGGUCUAGCUCAUAACUUAUGUGCUAUCUUGUCGGGAUAGGAUAAGAAGCAAGUCCCAUGCUUUGAAGCAUUGAAUGUGCUGGAAUAGGAUCCACACACACACUAGAGAAACAGGACAAGACUGGAAUUCUAAGAUCUAGGAACCCUCAACUAAUAUAUUUUCUCCCUGCAUAUUUCAACUGUAUAUGAAAAAAAUACAUAACUUUAAAAAGGCAACUUACUACUGAGGCUUUUCCUCAGUUCUGAUUAAUCGAAAUAUUUUCUGCUGUUUUUGCCAGGAAUCACAAAGAUGAUGAAAGGGUUGGGGGGGAAAUGAUCUAGGAUGAAAAAUUAAAGGAACUGGGAUUAUUCAGCCUGAAGAGAAGACUAAGGGGCAAACCAUUGCUGGUUUUCAAGUAUAUGAAGGGUUGGUACAGAGAGGAUGGUGACCAGCUGUUCUCUACAUGCACUAAGAAUAGAACAAGAGGAAACAGUCUUAGGCUG